AUCGCGCCAUCUCCACCAGUUGGCAUUACGGCACAAUUAAAAAUGCGUAUUGAAAGCGCCCUGUCGCCGCGGUUGUUUGCCGUGCAGCUUGGCACCCUGCAGAGGAGAGGGUGACAUCUGUGACUCCUCGCCAAGGGAGCCCUGCAGACUCACCGAGCUGUGGUUAUUCUUCCUGCUCUGCUAAAUUCAACCCCAAAACUCUGCAAUUACACCUCAAACUUCAGCCAGGAUUUUUUUUUUCUUUUUUUAUUCCGCCUCUUUUUGGUCGUUGCUGCAGGCGCACUUCCAGUCUCACACAUCCUCAGAUGCAAGGAUGACGUCGGUUCAGAGGGAACACGACUGACAGGAGCUCAAGCCGAGAUGUCUGCUGACUUAUGAGGAGUGUCACUUGUCCGCGCACAUCACAUUUGACCGUCAGCUGACCCCCCUCAUCAGCCUCCAACACGAGCGAAGAAGCUCACUUGUUGGUACACCUCAUCAUCCAGGCAGAAGUGGUGGCAAUCAAAGACAAAAUAAUUGAAUGGGCGGCUAAUCGUUGCCUGAAGCUGCUCGCACAAAAGUAGCAGCAUGGUGCUACGGCUUCCCAAUGCUCCCGUGUGCCACUCAGAGCUGUAAAUUUAGAAACCGUCUCAGUGAUAUUGUCAUUUCUAUGACAAAGCUGGUGUUUUAAAGACUUUAAAGAAAGAAGAAGAAUUUCACAGAAAGCAUACAGAACGAGAUCAACCAUGCUUUGGCCUGUGUUCUUGGCUCUGCAGGCUGUGUGCACCAGUGUGGCACAUGCUAUGCAACAUUACCCGUCUGCCUGGGGACACUAUGACGUGUGCAAAUCCCAGAUCUAUACAGAGGAGGGCCUGGCGUGGGACUACAUGGCCUGUCAGCCAGAAGCCACUGACAUGACAAAGUACCUGCGAGUGGCCCUCGACCCCCCAAAUAUCACGUGUGGAGAUCCGCCAGAAACAUACUGCGCUUUGGAAAAUCCAUAUAUGUGCAACAACGAAUGUGACGCCACCACAGAGGAGCUGGCUCACCCCCCAGAGCUCAUGUUCGACUUUGAGGGUCGUAACCCCACAACGUUUUGGCAAUCGACGUCAUGGAAGAAGUACCCGAAGCCUCUGCAGGUCAACAUCACGCUGUCGUGGAACAAAACCAUCGAGCUGACCGACGACAUCAUCCUCACCUUUGAGUCGGGCCGGCCGGAGCAGAUGGUCCUGGAAAAGUCGCUCGACUACGGCCGGACCUGGACCCCCUACCAGUUCUACGCCACUGACUGCCUGGACGCUUUCACCAUGGAGCCCAAGACGGUGAACGACCUGACUCAGCGCACCCUGCUGGACAUCAUUUGCACGGAGGACUACUCCCGCGGCUACGUGUGGAAGAACGACAAAACGGUACGCUUUGAGAUCAAGGACCGCUUUGCCCUGUUUGCGGGGCCUCGGCUUCACAACAUGGCCUCGCUAUACGGCCAGCUGGAUACCACCAAGAACCUGAGAGACUUCUUCACGAUCACCGAUCUGAGGAUUAGGCUGCUUAAGCCGGCCACAGGAGCCACCAUGGUGGACGAGAACAACCUGUCCAGAUACUUUUACGCAAUCUCUGACAUCAAAGUGCAGGGCAGGUGCAAGUGCAACCUGCAUGCCAACAGUUGUGUGUUUGACAAGGGGAAGCUGGGCUGCGAGUGUGAGCACAACACCACAGGGCCGGACUGCAGCCGCUGCAAGAGGCACUAUCACGGGCGAGCCUGGAGCGUGGGCUCCUACCUCCCCAUCCCCAAAGGAACAGCAAACAUAUGUAUUCCCAGUAAUCAUGGACCAGUGCAUCGAGCAAAUGCUUCAUCUCUUGGUGUUGCAAACCGUAACCAAGCCCGGGUGUGUGACAACGCGAUGCUGCGCUGUCAGAACGGCGGCACGUGCCACCACCAUCAGCGCUGCCAUUGUUCCCCCGGCUUCACGGGCGUCCUGUGUGAGCGAGCGAGCUGCCAGGGUCCCGGGGACUGCGAUGACCAAUUGUCUGGACGGGCCUCGUUCCACCAUUGCCCCGGAGGCCUCCAGCUCGCUCUUCCCCUCGUAGUGCUCCUGCUAUUGAUUGUUUCCCUUUGCUGAGAGACCUGAACCAAAUCCUCAACCAAAACCCCGAGACCACAAACGCUGGGACUGAACUCUCGACCUUAAGGACAUGAAGAACAAGGAAUGUGCGGACAAUGUGCUCAGCAUAAAGUAUAAUUAACUGUUUUGUAAAUCCCAGGCCGCAGUGGAGGGUGACUGUGUUAUUUGUGCAACAGGCGGUGCGCUGAGGCUUUACGCUGAUGAUAGAAGGAUUUCUAAGAGACCCUGCGCUGCCACUGUUGUCCCAUAAACUUCACAGAGGAACCGACUGGAGCCCUUUGCUUUGCAAUUAUCCCAUUAAAGGCAGACUGGAGACUCCGCUCAGAAAGAGCUACUACCCACAUUCAGAGAGCAAACUGUACAAAAGUAGACACAUGAUUUCUAAAUAUCUUCUCGAAUUAUUAAAAAAUGAUAGUGUGGAUGGGGAACAUCUUGAAACAUCUUGCCUCACUGCCUCCUUCCUUACUCGUAACCUCCUCUCCCUCAUCUCUGUCUUCCCCUCGUUCCUCACCUCCUUCCUGUGCUUUCGUGACCCUGGUGAUUUUGUUUUGCUGAGGGGUGUUUGGUCUGUUGGGUUUUUUUUUUUUUGCCAAAAUGCUGCACAUGUAUUAUUCUCAUGCCUCUUACGAGUACCGAUCUAGUCCUUUUUUUUUUCCCUGUUUUUUUUUUUCUUUUGGAGAGGCUUCGUAGUCAUGCUUGAA